CAACAAGCAAAAACCUCUUUUUUUAUAUUAUUUUACUUGCACUCAUUUACCCUCUUGUUUUCCUUUUUUCGUGGGGCCCCUUAAUAAGACGUACACUCGCAGGCCUUUUUUUUUGUUGAGAAUAUACACAAUUUUACAAGCUGGAUCAACAAAUCUACAAUUGCAAUAGCGUGGCCGAGUACGGUCCCAAUGUCCCUGUACUUCUCCAUGUACCUUGUACCAUGGAGAAUCCAGAACCCAUUGUCGUCAUUAAGCGAGAAUCCACACCUACCGGCCAACCGCCUGUUGUUUUAAUAACGGGCGUAUUUAUUAAAGAGAAACGGCCCAUUAUUGUGGAUGAACGACGGGAUCAAUCCAAAGAACUCAUGGUCUUCGAUCGACGAUCGACCACCACGGUCUCCAAGGAAUUCUCAACACCCGGGUUUUACCCGCUCGACGCCACGCACGGGCCUCUCAUGUCACUGCUGGCGGCGGUUCGUCUCCUCGACCCCGUUGAAUCUCAGUCUUCUUCAACAACGUCUGCUGCUCCUCAACAGAAUAGCAAUAACAGUAAUAACCAAAAUUCGCAGUUUUCGUAUCCCAUGAUGCUUCCACAGAACAGCAUGUACUACGGAAUGCCUGUGCGACCCGGUGUGCCUCCCAUCCCGUCACCAGCAAAUCUCCCACCGCAGCUACUUCCAGUAUUGCAACCGUACCUUUUUGGCCAGCAGCAGCAGCAGCAGCAGCAGCAACAGCUACAACAACACCACUCAAUUCAUAAUCAACACCACCACCGCCAUCCUGUCCACUCACAGCAACAUCAGCAGCAGCAUCAUUCUAUACCCUCCCAGCAAAGUUACCAUCAUCCAAGCUCAUAUACUCAACGCAAACCAGUACAACAUGCGGCACUCGCAGCAGCAGUAGCAGCAGCUGGAAAUUCACGUUCAUCUCCGGCACUGACCCCCGGCGGCGGUCCGACAGAACUCCGAAACAGCUCAAUGUCUCCAAUGAACCAUCGCAUUCAACGUAAACAGCCGCAGUAUCUUUCCAAUAACAGCUCCAACACACCCGACAACAACAAUAAUAACAACAACAAGUCUGUACCUUCCUCUUCUCCUCGCCGCGUACGGUUUGCCAAAAAGAACCAGGUGUUCAACUAUGACGUAGAGGAAGAAGAUUACAAUACACACCACUACGGAGACCGCGGUGAUGAUAUAGAUGACAAUGACGAGAGUGACCAAUGGGAAGAAUAUGAGGAGGAGGAGGAAGAAGAAGACGACGCCUAUUACGGCAACGCUGACCAGAAUCACUACUACUACGACGAUCAAGAAGAUGACAUACGACGCAUUCGACGGCCGUGGACUUCUCCAAGGAUGAUUGCAAGGGAGCAACCACAUGAUGUAUAUAGCUUUCCAUCGUCACGCGCCACCUCUCGCUUCCCUUCCACUGGUAGUAGUAGACGGAAGGGAAGAAGACAGCAGUGGCCUGUAGUUUCUCGCUCAACGCUUCAUUUGCAUGAUACAGAAGUAUAAUCACUUUUAAAAAUUACAAGUUUAAUUAGUAAUAACCUCCCCUCCCAAUGAGGGUGCUUGAUGGUGGCAUUGAUAUACAUAAAAAGAGAGAUAAGUAAUUAG